CCUCCAUCUACGCUGCAAAGUCAUGAGUCAAAGGAGCGAUGUCGACAAUGCCGGCCUGGCCAAUGGUGUGGCCAGAAUGGAGCUACAGCCCUCAUCAGCGCCUUCGCAGGCUGGUCGUAAUGGUGCUGCACGCCGAGCAGAGCGCGACGAUCCCAUCGGCGAAGAUGAAGCAGACGAAGCAGGCCGACGCCCGAGACCUCGCGGGCCUGCCAAUCGUCGAGGAGGGGACGGCGUAGAGCGAGUCAAGGACGAGACGGGUCAGAAAGUGCAAGAGACUUUCAUCAGAUUCCUUGAGACUUUCACUCUUGACGACACCGAGCAGCAGCUCCGGACGGAUGAGAUACACCAGGGAGCUCGAGCCAUCUACAUCGAUCAGAUCCAGGCCUUGCGCGAGUUCGACCUCACGACGCUCUACGUCGACUUUUCGCACGUCCUUACUGCGGAGGAGGUCCUUGCACGCGCUGUAGCAGAGCAAUACUACCGGUUUCUGCCUUUUCUGAGGUUGUCACUGCAAGAGCUAGUCAAAAAGUGGAUACCCGACUAUCUCUACCUCAACAAUCAUCAGGCUAGCACCGUUGCAUCAGGUCUAGCGACGCGAGAAUUUCAGAUUGCCUUUUACAACUUGCCACUCGUGUCCGGUAUCCGCGACUUGCGAACUGACAAAAUUGGUCACCUGCUGUCCAUCUCAGGCACCGUCACACGGACCAGCGAAGUUAGACCGGAGCUGAUAUAUGGCACAUUUGUCUGUGCCGAAUGCAAGACAAUCGUCACAGAUGUCGAGCAGCAAUUCAAAUAUACCGAACCUAACAUGUGCCCGAAUAUACAAUGCCAGAAUCAGGCUAGAUGGACGCUCAGUAUCGAGCAAUCAAAGUUCAUGGACUGGCAAAAGGUUCGCAUCCAGGAGAACGCGAAUGAGAUCCCUACGGGCUCUAUGCCUAGAUCCCUUGAUGUCGUGCUGCGCGGCGAGAUCUGCGAAAAAGCAAAGGCUGGCGACAAGUGCGUCUUUACAGGCACCUUCAUCGUCGUGCCCGACGUGGCACAGCUCGGCCUGCCUGGCGUGAAUGCAGAGAUGACUCGCGAAGCCGCUCGCAGCGGCUCCGGCUCGCUCGGUGGAGCUGGUAUGGGCGUCACAGGCUUGCGCUCGCUCGGUGUCAAGGACUUGACAUACAAGACCGCUUUCCUGGCCUGCAUGUCACAAUCGGCAGAUGCACGAGCCAAUGCGUCGUCGACUGACGUGCGCUCGGAUUCCCAAGAGAGCCCGGAGCUCGCUCGAGAGGCUUUCUUGUCCACGCUGACGACAGCAGAAGUCGCCGAACUCGAGUCGAUGGUCAGCUCCGAGCAUAUCUACGCUCGCCUCGUCAACUCCAUCGCGCCGACCGUCUUUGGCCACGAGAUGAUCAAGAAGGGCAUCUUGCUGCAGCUCAUGGGCGGAGUACAUAAGCAGACGGCAGAAGGCACGCACCUUCGUGGCGAUCUCAAUGUCUGCAUCGUUGGUGACCCGAGUACAUCCAAAUCGCAAUUCCUGAAGUACGUCUGCGGCUUUCUGCCUCGUGCUGUCUACACGUCUGGGAAAGCGUCAUCUGCCGCUGGUCUGACGGCUGCUGUCGUCAAGGACGAGGAGAGCGGCGAAUUCACCAUCGAAGCAGGCGCGCUCAUGCUGGCAGAUAAUGGCAUCUGCGCGGUCGACGAGUUUGACAAGAUGGACCUGUCUGAUCAAGUCGCCAUUCACGAAGCGAUGGAGCAACAGACCAUUUCUAUAGCAAAGGCAGGCAUCCAAGCUACCCUCAAUGCGCGCACAUCGAUCCUCGCUGCUGCGAACCCAGUCCAAGGCCGGUAUAACCGCAAGAUCUCUUUGCGUGCGAAUGUGCAAAUGAGCGCGCCCAUCAUGUCUCGAUUUGAUCUCUUCUUCGUCGUCCUAGACGAGUGCAAUGAGGACACCGAUCUCAAGAUCGCCAACCAUAUCGUCAAUGUGCACCGCUAUCAAGACGCUGCCAUCGAGCCAGAGUUCUCUACAGAUGCUCUGCAACGCUACAUUCGCUACAGUCGAACGUUCAAUCCAAAGCUUACUCCAGCAGCCUCCGCUGUACUCGUCGAAAAGUAUCGCAUCUUGCGUCAAGAUGACUCGCAAGGGUUUGGCAAAAACUCUUAUCGCAUCACUGUGCGUCAGCUGGAGAGCAUGAUCCGUCUGAGCGAAGCUAUCGCGCGUGCCAAUUGCAUGGACGAGAUCACACCCAACUUUGUGCGAGAAGCAUACAAUUUGCUCAAACAGUCGAUCAUCCAUGUUGAACAAGACGACGUUGCCAUCGAAGAAGAGGAUGAAGAGACAGAGCAGCCAGCAGAUGAGCAGAUGCAGGAAGAUCCGCCCGAGGCCGAAUCGUCUCAAGCUCAGCCGGCGCCCUCGAGCCCUACGGGUGGACGUGGGCUACGUGCAGAUACCGAACCAGCGCCAAAGAAGAAGAUCACGAUCACGUAUGAGCGAUACAUGUCAAUCAUGAACCUGAUCAUCCUGCAUCUCUCUGAGCACGAGCGAGAGACUGGCGAGGGUCUGCCGCGGCCGGACGUCGUACAGUGGUAUCUCGAGCAGAAAGAGGACGAGAUCAACGACACAGAGGAACUCCAGCAAGAGCAAACUCUCAUCGAAAAGGUCAUCUCCAAACUUGUCAAGGAAAAGAAGCUAUUGGAGCUGCUUGGGCAAGGGCUUGCCUCUACUGACGGCACCGAAGCGUCUCUGGAAGUGCCGCAAUCGCUUCUGCUCGUUCAUCCGGAUUUCAGCCUGUAGUGUUUUGGUGUCUGUACGUACAUUGCAUAUUGGGGC